AUGAAGCACCAACAAGUAACUGUAGACAUGACGAACAUGGUGUUUACCGCUUGCUCCUAUUUGGCACUCGCCGGAGCGGUCUGGAUAUUUUUGCGGCUGAUCCAGGCCUGCUUUUGGCUACCGAAACAUUUGAAAAGGCAAAAUGAUGUUCAAAGAAUGUUGCAAGAUAAGGUGGACAGUUAUGAAAAAUACGUGUUAGAAUGCGAGGAGAAGGAAAGGGCAGAAAUGUUGGAUCAAAUCGACGAUGAGAAAAAGAGUCUCGAGAUGUCGGAGAAGUGGAAGGAACGAAGGGAAUGCCUCGACAUGCUCAAGCGAGAAUUGGAAAGAGUUCGCGAAGGUAAGGACAUGUCCGAUUGGGACGCCUUGCUAGAAGAGGAAUUGAAGAAGCACGAACUGGAGUCGAAACUUUUGGAGGAGGAAGAAGAAAACGAAGACUCUAAGAACGACGCUAGUAAAGAGAAAAACAACACUGAGAAAGAAACGAAGAAAGUCGAGAUCGAUACUGAACCGAAGAAGAAGAAGUAA